AAGCUAGUCCCAACUCCAGCUGCAAGCUCUACGCAGUUGUGCGUAGAGAUACAGAACUGAGUAGCAGUCAGAGAGAGGAGAGAAAGCACCAGGGACGCAGAGAGAGAGAGAGGCAGCAGGGAGCGAUGAUGGAGAGGGCCGAGGACCUGCGCCUGAGCCUCAGUCUCAGCUCGCCGCUUGCUCCUCGCACUCACCAUGUCGCCGCCAUGCUGUUCCACUCUCCUCCAGAGAAGAGAUUUCUGGAGAUGCCGCUGCUCCCUGCUGCAAAGCGGAGCGAGGUCGCCGCGGCCGACGAGGAGCGCGCGGGCCUGCGCGGCGGCAGCGACGAGGAGGACGGCGGCUGCGGCAUCGACGGGUCGCGCAAGAAGCUCCGGCUUUCCAAGGACCAGUCGGCCGUGCUCGAGGACAGCUUCCGGGAGCACCCCACCCUCAACCCCAGGCAGAAGGCAGCUUUGGCGCAGCAGCUCGGCUUGCGGCCUCGGCAGGUCGAGGUGUGGUUUCAGAACAGACGCGCAAGGACGAAGCUGAAGCAGACGGAGGUGGACUGCGAGUUCCUGAAGCGCUGCUGCGAGACGCUCACGGAGGAGAACCGUCGGCUGCAGAAAGAGGUGCAGGAGCUGCGCGCGCUCAAGCUCGUCUCGCCGCACCUCUACAUGAACAUGUCCCCGCCCACCACGCUCACCAUGUGCCCCUCCUGCGAGCGCGUCUCCAACGCCAACAACUCCAGCUCCGCCGCCCCCGACCGCCGCGGCGCGGGCGUCGUCACUGCCGCCGGCGGCAACGACACCGCCGCCGACGGGGGCAUCCUCUGCCACCGCCCGAUUGCCGUCCGGCCGCAGCAGUCAUGACAACCUAGCUAGCUAGCUUUUACUCACUAGCUAGACUACUACACCAUGUCACAGGCAGCAAAGCAGUGUGCACAUUAUAUUCGCGCAAGCUGUGUGUUGCGCUCACCGAUCGAUCGAUCGAUCCGUUGUUAUAUUUUCCCUUUCUUGGAAGCAGCUAGAGCUAGCUAGCAGGGUGUUCAUGCGUCAGGUGGAGUAGCUAGGCGGCUGGGAUAGAACAGCAGGCCGGGCUCGAUCGGCAGCUUCCGGCCGGGCCGGCUGGGAGCUGGGAGUAGCGAAUAUUUAGCUGGUCCUGGGGAAAGUUGGAUAUGGUGGGAUACGGGUGUAGGGGAGGUGGGGCGCAGCGGGAUGGCACGGUGGUUUGUUCUGUCCCGGCUGACGAUGACGGCGAUGAUGAUGAGAGGUCAGUUUGUUUGUUGGACAGUCGUGUCUCUUAAGCUUGAUUCUAGCGAUUAAUUAACACGGAUAGGCAUGUGCAUUUGGUCUCUAGCUCGCCUCUGCUCAGCUUAAUUUAGGUGAUUAGUGCCCUUUGGCCGGCCGGGAAAAGCUUGCAUGCAUGCAUGAAAGUUUCCAUAUGUUUUGAUGGAUCCACUAAUCAAUCAACUGAAAGCAAGCAGUUCGGUUGUUCGAUUGUGUGAACGGCUAAUAAACACUGGCGAUCGAGUAGCGAACCAUCUGGAUAAUCGAAUUGAAUUGCCCUGUCACGGAACAUGUACCAUUCGAUCGGAGGUGGUUAUCCAUACUGAUUGAGUGCUACUUAUACCACAAUACCAGGUGUUUGUUCUUAGUUGCUCUCAUGAUCAUGACGGCACAAUAUCAUCGUACGCGCGUAUAGA